GUUCCCACCCAGGAGUCGUGGGUUGGGGUGUGGCUGGGAUAGAGCUAAGGAAGAAAGUGUUUCUGAGCAUGUCCAGAGUGCCUUCUACAGAGCGAGAUGGGGGGGGAAUGAAGUUCCUUUGGGAUGCUGUGCCUCUUUCCUGGCCAGGCUGGGGAGGAUGGUUCCUGGGGAAGUAAGGCCUGGAGGAGAAGCGGCGUCUCUCAGAGAGGACUCCAUGUCCCAUGGUUCCCACCCAGGGGUCGUGGGUUGGGGUGCGGCUGGGAUAUAUUGGUGGUGGCAUUCAGCGAGGUGGGCCGCCUGGCAACCUGGGGGAAGGAGCCAACCCUUUUUCCUUCAAGGCUUUCGUGAGGAGUCAGGAGCAAAAGGCAACCACAGCCUCCUAUGCGGGCACCAAGAACGGCAGCCCCGAGGGGCCAUCGAGGUCCUGCCUCCUGCUGGAUGAGAGCUCCUUCUUGGCCGAGUCGCUGGGGUUGAACAAGGACUUGCGAAAGCCGUUUUUUGCAGACCCAACUGCCUCGGACUCCUUGCUGCAAGAUGACGAGGACGACUGGAGCGGCUCCUAUCAGCCCUCGGCCGUCGAAGAAGCCCAUUCGGCCAGCGCCCCCAGCGCCUUGCUCAGCAGCAGCCCAAUAGACUCUUUCUAUUGCAACGUCUCGGACCUCCAGACCUUUUCUCCAGAGCAGCUGGGAAGAAAUGACCACGUCUCCUGUGGCUGCCUUGGGAAAGGAGACCAAAGCUCUCCGAGUGAUCAGAUGUCCCCAGAAGAUGACUUCUGCCGACUGUUGCAGCUGCAUUACCGAGAGCUGAAAGAAGAAAAUUCCAAGUUAAGAAGUACACUAAGCCAAAUUCAAGCUGUUUCCGAAUCACAGGCGGAAAGAAUAAGGCAUCUGGAAAGGACUUUGGAGAAGAGCAAACGGAAAGAGGAGAAGGAGGCUCGUGAGUUGGAGGCCAUGGUGCAGCAGGUGGAAGAGAAUCUCCAGUUAAUGACGAAACGGGCCGUGAAAGCAGAAAACAGUGCCAUUAAGCUGAAGCAGGAAAACAUGCACCUUCAGGUUCAGAUGGAAAGCUACAAAUCGGAGAACAAAACCUUGAAGUCUGCCCAUCAGGAAAACCUGACUGCAGUCAAGCAAAAUGCAGAUGUUGCCUUGCAGAAUCUCCUCGCUGUGAUAACGAGAUCUAAAUCAUCCAUCAAGCAGCUGGUUUCUGGUGCAGAAGAGCUGCAGCUUGUGGCUGACCUUCUGAGGUCGCUAGACAAAAUGUCUGAGAUACCAUCACAAGGAACCCCCUGAGAAUCUUAUUACCUCUCAUUCUUGGAGAAAACAAAGAUUGGAAGCUGGAUUUUUUGCGCUGUUUAACUUCUGAGACUGUUAAGGUGGUUGCAGCUCUGAGUUACUACAUCUGGAUUGAUCAAUGGAACGCAUUUCAUAAUGUGCAGAGAUAACUAAAUAUUUUCGCACUUCACUGUUUGGCUGCUCAUUUAGAGAUUGCUUUAAAAGUCUAGUCAGGAAUAUAUUUCUUAUUUAACAAUGGGUGCCAGUCAGAGAUGUCCUCGAGAAGACAGGUAUUAUUACUAAAACUGUCUUCUUGAUAGAAAUCACAUUUAUUUUUUGGAAAGCCAGCUGUUGUACAGGUGCAAUAAAACCUUUUAUUGCUUUUGCAUAGCAAGGUAUCCAAGAUUUAACUUUCUGAAUAUACAGUUCUGGAAGCUUUUUAAUUUCUCCGGGUUUUGUAAUAGUAUUAUUUUUUAAAUUAAAAUGAAACUGCAAGUA